AUGGGUUCGCCAAUUAUCAUGUUGAUCAAGUUGUUACUUGACCCUGAUGUAUCCAAAAAAGUCAUUUUACAAAUGGCAUGGUCCCAAGUUAAAGCAAUUGGAAUAGGUAAAGUAAUUGCCGCUUUAUUGAGUGCUUUAACUGUUGGUGUGUCUUCAUUUAUUCGUGUACCACAAAUCAGGAAAUUAUUAAUCAAUUCUGAACACGAUAGAAUUGCUGUUGCCAAUGGUUUAUCAUUAACAAGUUUAUCAUUGGAUACUUUAAACUCUUUAAUUCAUGUGACUUUCAACUCACAAAAUAGAAUUCCGUUUAUUCAGUAUGGCGAAAGCUUAUUAUUAGGUAUUCAAAAUGCCAUUAUCAUCUUAUUGGUUAAGUUUUACCGUGGACAAGAAACUGCAGGUGUUGGCAAAUGGCAGGGAUUAAAUUGCGACGAUAAAUUUGCAGCUAUAAGGGGAGCAGUCACCAAACCAUUGGUCAUCAUGAUUGCAUCAGCCAUCUUUUUCAAUAAAUUAGCUCCUUCAAGUUUGAUUUCAGCAUUGGAGAUUUUAAACAUUCCAAUUAGUAUAGUUGCUAAGUUCCCCCAAAUUAAAACCAACUACGAGUUGAAAACAGCUAAACAUUUGAGUGACACUGUCUUGAGAGCUAAUGUCGUUGGAUCAUUAAUUAGAGUUUACACCUCGUUUACUGACUACUCGACUAAGAAACAAAGAAACAAGAAUACUGUGGAUGAAACCAUUUUAUUAGCGGGCUAUUCUACUUCUUUGAUAUUGAAUUCUAUUUUAUUGGGUCAAUCUAUAGUGUACGAUAAAUUGGGAGAAAAGAAAGUAGAAGACGAAAAGAAAAACGAGUAG